UGGAAUCGUCCAUUUCCCUCCACUCCAAUCCCAUUGUCUAUCUCUGUCAGAUCUGCUGACUGGUUUUGUUUGUAAAUCUGAAAUGGUGGCUAGACGGCCAGAGGGCCUCAGUGGAGAAGAAGUGUCCGUUAGUUUAUGCAGAGGACGCAGUUAAUUGUGUAAUUUUGACUCCCAUAUGUUUAUCAAAGUUAUUGUAUGUAUAUACUAUAUUUCUUUGUGUUGAGCGUUAGUUACAGAAAGUGGGACCAGCUGUAAAAUUAUUUUAAAAAUGUAACUCUCUGAAGCUCGAAGAGUAAAAAUACACCAGUAUAAAUAGUGUAACAAGAUAUAUAGCAAUAAAUCAUGACCAUUGGCACGAUUAUUCACGGUCAGAUGUGAUUUGCAAUGAAACGUCGUGCAGAGGAGACUGUGAAAACAGCUGACACUAGUGGAGGGUAUCCCCAUUCCUCGAGUCCCCUGUCUCCACCACCACCACGCCACCCUCCUCGCACCCUCACCAGUAAUCAAGUUGGCCAGUCCGCGUAUGCGCCCGCUAUAAAAACUACAAGUGAGCUUCGAAGUGUACCAAGUCAACCACCAGGUUUCUCCACGUUUCCUACUACAAUGCCUACUGUUGCGCCAUCUAUAAAGCCAGUGGUGACGGGAGGGUUACAAGGAGGGGCUCAGACCCUCACCAGUAUCAACACUCUACAGACACUUCCUCCUGUCCGGCACAAGGUCCAUGGGAGUUCUAUGACGCCUACUGUAUCUGCUAAUGUAACGGCAGCACAGCAGCAGCAGCAGAUACAGCGUCUAAAGGUUGAGGAUGCUCUCAGUUACCUUGACAUGGUCAAAUUUAAGUUUGGAGACCAGCCUCAAGUCUACAAUGACUUUUUGGACAUAAUGAAAGAAUUUAAAUCUCAGAGUAUUGAUACGCCUGGCGUUAUCGACCGUGUCUCAAGUCUCUUCAAUGGGCAUCCUGAGCUGAUAGUGGGAUUCAAUACCUUUCUUCCUCCAGGCUAUAAAAUAGAAGUGAAGACAAAUGAACAAGGUUACUCGUACCAAGUCCAAGUGAAUAUGCCAUCACCGAGUGCUGCCACGACAACACUAGUCCCUGCGGCCCCACCAGUACACCACACGACACAGCUACCCAGUACGGCACUGCCCACACCAACAACAGUUGUUACAAAACCGCUUAUUUUGACAAACACAACGAUAGUAACGCAUGGCAAUAGUGCGUCAGCAUCGGCUGCUGUGACAGCAGCCGCAGUCGCGGUAGUUCCACCUACUCCACAUCCGCCUGUGCCGUCCACUCCACCACCUCACUUUACUAACCACACGACACCCUCCAUCACCCAGGUACAGGCACAUCAGGCUGUGUCACAGGCCCUGAGUCAUGUCGAGAGUUCACAGACCCCCAGCCCUCAGAGCCAGCCUGUUGAGUUCAACCAUGCUAUCAAUUACGUUAACAAAAUCAAGAAUCGAUUCCAAGGACAACCUGAUAAAUAUAAGAGAUUUUUGGAGAUAUUGCACACAUACCAGAAGGAACAACGGAAUUUGAAGGAAGGGGCCGGGCCUGGCAGUCAGUCCACUGGCACUAAGCAGCUGACAGAGGCAGAAGUGUAUUCCCAAGUCGCCAAGCUGUUCGAGCACCAGGAGGAUCUGCUGGCCGAGUUCGGCCAAUUCCUGCCUGACGCGACCAAUCAUCAGACGCAGCUGGCUCGUCGCUGUGAAGAACCGUCAACUUUGAAUCGGAAGCCAGCAGUAAAUGUGAAGAUGAGUUCGACAUUUAACAACAAUACGUCAGCAAGUCCAAGCCCCAGCCCAGUCUCUACGGGUACAGCACCCCCAGCUAAAAUGUGUAACUUGGUGCACACUCCCACCCCUCCCUCUAGCUCUCCUCAUGUGGAACCAGCUGUACCACAGGGGCUGAAACGGUCUCCAUCGAUGACGCUACACCACAACUCCCCGUCCACAUCUCAACAUACUACCCACCAUCCACCUGCCAAGAAACACAAGCUGAGCACAUCUUUCCGGGAUGUAUCCCUCUCAGACGCUGCUAAGUACGGUACACUCACUGACUUUGCAUUCUUUGACAAGGUUCGAAAGGCAUUACGUUCACAAGAUGUAUAUGAUAAUUUUCUGCGCUGCCUCAAUCUUUACACACAAGAGGUUUUGUCGGGGACGGAACUGCUACAGCUGGUGACGCCGUUCCUUGGUCGGUACCCGGAACUCUUCCGUUGGUUCAAGGAGUACACUGGUCAUGCGGACGGGCCCCCAGUCCAUAUCUCCACUGGUAUCAACUCCCCCUCUCACAACUCCAGUUUGUCCUGCGACUCCAUGCUCAACAACAUCAACCGGCCUGAGCGGCCUGGAGGAGAGCAAUCAGAAAUUGAUUUUGCAUCUUGCAAGCGGUUGGGAGCAAGUUACUGUGCGCUGCCAAAAAAUUACCAACAGGAGAAAUGCAGUGGCCGCACUUCUUUGUGCAGAGAGGUCCUCAACGAUACUUGGGUUUCCUUUCCCACUUGGUCAGAAGAAUCUACAUUCGUCACUUCAAGAAAAACCCAGUACGAAGAAUAUAUCUAUAGAUGUGAAGAUGAGAGAUUUGAGCUCGAUGUGGUUUUGGAAGUGAAUGCAGCAACAAUACGAGUGUUAGAAGGUGUGCACAAGAAAUUGUGUCGUCUCACCACAGAGGAAGUGGCCAAAUUUCAUCUGGAUGACUGUUUGGGUGGGAAUUCUCCCACAAUUCAUCAAAGAGCUCUUCUAAGAGUUUAUGGAGACAAAGGUCCUGAUAUCAUUGAUGGAUUGAAGAAAAACCCUGUCGUGGCAGUCCCUGUAGUUUUAAGGAGAUUAAAAGCAAAGGAAGAAGAGUGGAGAGAAGCACAAAAGGGUUUCAAUAAGAUCUGGAGGGAACAAAAUGAAAAAUACUAUCUCAAGUCAUUAGAUCACCAAGGGAUAAACUUCAAACAAAACGACAUGAAAGCUCUUCGUUCCAAGUCGCUGUUCAACGAAAUAGAAACAUGUUAUGAUGAGCGACACGAGCAAGCGGAGUCUGGGGAGCUAGUGAUGUUACAGGGUCCCCAUAUGACACUCCCAUACAAGGAUAAAUCUGUACUGGAUGAUGCAGCCAAUUUGCUGAUUCACCACGUCAAGCGGCAGACUAGUAUUCACAAGGAGGAUAAGCAGAGGAUCAAACACAUGCUACGUCAGUUGCUGCCGGAUUUCUUCCACCAUCCACGACAGGAGCUGAGUGAGGAUGAGAGAGAUCCUCCAGAUGACAAGAGGAGUAGCCCUAACAGCCCAAUUGACAUUGAUGUUGGCCCAAUUAAAAAUAUAUCAGAUGAUAAGUUUAAAGAGGAUGACAACGAAGACACAAAACUACCUUCACACGCCUUAGCGACUCAUCCUGAUGAGGAGUAUACUCUUUUCUUUGGCAAUGGCAACUGGUACCUGUUCCUACGCUUGCACCAGAUCCUGUGUGAUAGAUUGACACACAUCUACGAGCAUGCCAAUACUCUGGCGCAGGAAGAGGUCAAGUUUAAAGAACUGCGUUCUGAGGCUGCAGCGACAACGCUACGACUCAAACCUAAAUGCGAAUACUUGUUGGACGUUGAAGUGGAAGAAUACUAUACAGCUUUUCUGGACAUGGUAAAGAAUGUUUUGGAUGGAAAUAUGGAUGCAAAUGCUUAUGAAGACACUCUCCGAGAAAUGUUCGGUAUCCAUGCUUAUCUUGCAUUUACUCUGGAUAAAGUUGUUAUAUAUGCAGUGAGACAGCUGCAGCAUUUGGUAGCAGAUGAGCCCUGCACAGAAUGUGUGGAUCUGUACAUGAAAGCUCAUAGCCGUGGGGGAGCUGGGGGUCUCUGCGCCACAGCGAACACGAGGGCCCAUGCUGAGGCAGCUUAUCAGCGGAAGGCAGAACUGGCAUUGGCUGAUGAAAACUGUUUUAAGAUGUUUAUUUAUAAAGUGGAUUGUAAAAUCACAAUUGAACUUUUGGAUAGUGAAGGAGAUGAGAAUGAAGUACCUACUCGAGAGGUCGAGAAAUGGUCGGCGUAUGUCGAUAGGUACUCAAAGAGUUCAAAUAAAGAAAAGGAUGAGACAAUGGACAUCGAUGAGGAUGGCGAGACGGAACAAGAUCGGCGACUCUUCGGUAAAGCCAUUUUUUUACCAAGAAACGUACGACUGUGGCAUGAGAGAGUAGGAAACAACAAGAGCAACAUGCCCAAAAUAGAUUCUUGUGACGAUACUGAGUGCAAAUUCAAUCUAAACUCGUACAAAAUGGUUUUUGUGUUAGAUCGUGAGAGUUACCUGUACAAGAGACAAGCUCUGCUUCGGGCUCGGAAGACACACAAACAGCUGAGUCGUCGCAUGAGCGUCAAAUUUCAUGAAUGGCAUCAGAACUGGAGUGAGAAUCACCUGAGUCCGCAGCAGUAUGAGUUUGCCAACGAGUGGAUGAUGGGUAAUCUGUCUGACUAUAAGGUGAAUCACACCUCCAUUCUCACAGACAACCCUUUGGACAAGCCGCCUUACCGUGUGUAUAACAGGUUUAGGGUUGAGUACAAGUAGCCCACUUGUUUUUCUUUGAUUUUCCUUUAAAUCCAGGGAAUUUAUUAAGCUUUUUGUUGUGUUACAUAAUACUAUAUUUUGUAUAUUAUGAACUGAAGUAUAUAGUAGAUAGGAGGUAAUCAUAGGAACUGUUUAAAAGAUUUCAUUCCUUUAAGUUAUUAUAAAAAUAUUUUUACAUUUAUGAUGUUUUUGGAAUGUAGCCAUUCUCCUUUGCCAACAAAGAAUUGAUUAUUGGAUUUAAAUUAUUGACAGAACCAUGUUGUUCGAAUAUAGAUUAUUAAGUUUGCCCAUUACAUGUUAAAGAAUUAUGGAAUAGUAUUACUGUUAAUACUGUUACUGUCAUUUUUGAAAGUAUUAAUACUAUUGUAAAUCUACAGGAAGAAUGAAAUAAUUUUAUAUGCUUAAAACUCAAUUCAGUUUGGUUUUAAAAAUGGAUCACCACAAUUUUGUAAUCAUUUAAUUAUCUGUUCUAUUAUUAAUUUUUAGUUAACAUUAUUUAGAAAUCUACUAUCACUGGUAAAUGAAGAAAAGCUUAU